CCUUAACCAGCACAGAGCAUUUCAUCUUGUGAUCACUCGCUCUGUUUUUUUUUUUUUCUUUUCUUUUGAAUACACAGUUCCAAGCUAGACAGACAGACAGCAGUUGGAACUAAAUGGCUGCCUCACUACAAGCAGCAGCUACACUGAUGCAACCCACCAAGGUGGGUGUGCCUUCUAGGACCAGCCUUCAACUCAGGUCUUCUCAGAGUGUUUCCAAGGCUUUUGGCCUCGAACCAGCUAGUGCUAGGAUCUCCUGCUCUUUGCAAUCUGACCUUAAAGACUUGGCUCAAAAGUGCGUAGAUGCUAGCAAGAUCGCUGGUUUUGCUCUUGCUACUUCAGCUCUUGUUGUCUCGGGAGCAAGUGCUGAAGGAGUCCCAAAGAGGCUGACCUAUGAUGAAAUCCAGAGCAAGACAUACAUGGAAGUAAAAGGAUCUGGAACUGCUAACCAGUGCCCAACCCUUGAUGGGGGAGCUGAGUCAUUCGCCUUCAAGCCUGGCAAAUACAAUGCUAAGAAGUUCUGCCUGGAGCCAACUUCAUUCACUGUCAAGGCUGAAAGUGUUAGCAAGAAUGCUCCACCUGAGUUCCAAAACACUAAGCUCAUGACUCGUUUGACCUACACCCUCGACGAGAUUGAGGGACCUUUCGAAGUCUCUCCCGAUGGAACCAUCAAGUUUGAGGAGAAAGAUGGCAUUGACUAUGCUGCUGUGACCGUUCAGCUGCCUGGUGGCGAGCGUGUGCCUUUCCUUUUCACCAUUAAACAAUUAACAGCAUCAGGAAAACCAGAGAGCUUCAGUGGAGAGUUCCUUGUACCAUCCUACCGAGGUUCAUCUUUCUUGGACCCAAAGGGAAGAGGUGGCUCAACUGGUUAUGACAAUGCAGUUGCAUUGCCUGCUGGAGGCAGAGGAGAUGAGGAGGAACUACUCAAGGAAAACAUCAAGAACACCGCAUCAUCAACAGGUAAAAUCACCCUAAGUGUUACCAAGAGCAAGCCUGAGACUGGAGAGAUCAUAGGAGUGUUUGAGAGUCUUCAGCCAUCUGAUACUGAUCUGGGAGCAAAGACUCCCAAGGAUGUCAAGAUCCAGGGGAUCUGGUAUGCUCAGCUUGAUUAGUAGAGCUCUUCUGUAUACAAUCCGUGUAUUUAUUCUUGGUUGAGAUUUUGCUAAGUGUUUCAAUAUGCUGCCAAAUGAGUUGCACUAAACUAUUUUAUUUUGUUCUGUAAUUAUCAAGCCUCUUUGUAAUAAUCUUUGGAUUAAGGUCUAUGGUUA